AUGUCGGUAUAUAUACAACUAACGCAUGAUCUAUCAGGAACAGUAACUGCAGUAACGAUCGGUGAUUGGAUUUUAGGUUUAUUGAAGCAAAAGAAUAUACAAGAAUAUGAAGUAUUUUUUAAAAAGUUUUUGAACAUAUAUCAAAAGCAAGAUAAGGAUUCAGAGAGUAAUAAUAGAUCGGAAAUAUUUUCCUUGUUGUUGUCAGCAAGUGAUUUCGUGUUUGAGACUCUAGUUGAAACAAAAAAGAAUAACAAGAUAAAAGUUAUAAUAGAUAAUAAAGAGAGUAUAAAAAGUUUUAGUGAAUUUUAUAAAGAAGUAGAAGAAUAUUUUGUUAUUUUGAUAUCCAUUUUACAAUUAGAAUUUAAGAGUGUUGAAGAUUUAAAUAAUGCAACUAAUAAUUUUAUUAAAGCUAUAAAAAAUUAUAAUGUUUUUCCAGAAUUAAGAUUAAAAAUAUUACAACUAUUAUAUAACUCUUUUAGUGUAAAUUUUUCUUUUCGCUUCCCGACCUUUAUAGCUAUUUUACAAUUUUCAUCUCAAAAUAAUAUUUUUCAUAAUAUUCUUCCAUAUAUUAAAUUCAUAGAUCAGUGGAUAAAGGAAUGGAAUAUAAGUUCCCGUGAAAAGAGACAGAUAUAUUUAAUUAUUGCACAAGAAUUGAAAAAGUUAAAAAAGUAUGAAGACUCAUUUAAGCAUUUAAAAAAACAUAUAUACUAUUUUCAAAAGGAAGGAGUAGAAAUACUUAAUCGUCCAAAUACAGUUAAUGCAAGUGUUGAACUAAUUGUUGAUUCGAUUAAUUUAAAUAACAUUAUUUAUUUUCAUGAAAUAUUAUAUUUGGAUGCUAUACAAAAUUUGCAAACUAUACAUGAACAUAGACCUAUAUAUGAGUUACUAACUAUUUUUUAUAAAUACAGCAUUUAUGAAUUUUUAACUUUUAAAAAUACUUAUGGUGUUGAUUUCUUUACUAAAUAUAAUAUAGAUCUAGAAGCAUGUGAAAAUAAAAUUUACUUACUAUCUAUUAUAUCGUUAUUUAAAGAGUCCAAUGUUCAAAAUAUUCAAUACAUUUCAGAAAAACUAAAUAUUACUACUCUACAAAUUGAACAAAUUCUUGUUGCCGCUAUUGGAAAUGGGGUUAUUGAUGCAAAAAUUGACCAAAUAAACAAAACGGUACAACUGAAAACGGCAAUUUUAAGACACUUCAGUGAUGCACACUGGGAGCAGUUGAACAACCAAAUAAGUAAGUACAUAAAUAAUAUUCAGAAGAUUAUUGACUUGGCUAGCCACGCGAAACCUCUACCCGGAAAGUAA